ACGGGCGAGACGCGGCAGCUGUACCACUUCCAUUACACCACCUGGCCGGACUUCGGCGUCCCAGAAUCCCCUGCUUCCUUCCUCAACUUCCUGUUCAAGGUGCGCGAGUCGGAGCUCGCUGAGGACACCGACCACGGGCCGGCCGUGGUCCACUGCAGCGCCGGCAUCGGGCGCUCCGGAACCUUCUCUCUGGUCGACACCUGCCUGCUGCUGAUGGAGAAGCGUAGGGAGCCCUCGCUGGUGGACAUCAAGCGCAUCCUGCUGGACAUGAGACGCUACCGCAUGGGCCUCAUCCAGACGGCCGACCAGCUGCGCUUCUCAUACAUGGCCGUCAGGGAGGGAGCCAAGUCCAUCUUGGGAGACGGCUCAGCGCAGGUACUGUACAGCUUAGGGCAGGGGUACUCAAUUUAAAG